AUGCCACUUCGUCUCGCUGCAGGUCGCGCGCUCGCGGCCCAACCACUAACUCUGCACGGCGCAUCCGCCACCGCUCACCUGCGCCGGUUCCACGCCUCCCUCACCAGAGCAUCCGACUUUGCCAAGCAGAAUCACUACGAGCGCCUGGGCAUCCACCACGAUGCCUCGCCCGGCGAAAUCAAAAAGUCCUUCUACUUGCUCUCCAAGUCGCACCACCCGGACGUGAACCCGGCGCCCGGCGCCGCCCAAAACUUCUCCCUCCUCUCCGAAGCCUACAACGUCCUCUCCGACGCCUCCCGCCGCGCCCAGUACGACCGCGACGUCCUGCGCCUGCACCACCCGCAUCAUCACCACCACCACGCCUCCCCGCCCGCCGGCUCCUACCACAGCACCACCGCCCACCAGCACCAGCACCAGCACCAGCACCACGCCGGCGGCCGCCCGCCCUCGGGUCUCUCCAAGCGCAGAGGGACCUUCCGCGGCCCCCCGCCGAGCUUCUACAGGAGCGGCGGCUGGGGCGCGCACGCCGACAAGAGGCGCCAGGCCCACGAGGAGUCUACCGCUACCUCUACCUCCUCGUCGGCGCGGGGAGACCCCUGGAAGCACUUCCACCAGGCGCCGGGCCAGGCGCAGGGCGGCAUGGGCCCCGGGUCCAGCCCCUUCGGCGCGGGCAGGCCCGACGACGACGUGCCGCACUUUGACAGGCGGGCUCACGCGCGGACGCACCAGCGGCAGGACGAGCGGCGGCACGAGCGCCGCCGGGCCAUGGGCGACGACGACGUCGAGUUUGAGCCGCAGACCAGUCUGGCGGGGCACUUCUUCAUCAUCAUGGGCAUCCUGGCGGCGACCAUGGUGGCGCCCCUUGUUUACUUGCAGUUUAUGCGGCUGGGGAGGAGGAACAGGGACGGCGUGUGA